AUGGCUCUGUCUGGAUCCUUCAUCCACGUGACGCUGGGGUUGCAAAUGCCAUUUGCAGCUCCUGAGGUUGUCAAGUGUCGAUUUUUUGAGGUGCAAGGCAAGGUGCGAUGUGCAACAAAACUAGGAUCCUUCCUUGAUAGGUAAGGCGUGAUGGUAGAGUUAGAUUCACUAUAGACGGAACGGAGGAACGGCGAAAUUGACUCUUGGGAGCCAGUGGAAGAGAAAGCGGUGA